AUAAGCUUCGUAGAGUAUAAACUAGACAUACCCAACCACAAAUAAAAUCAUUGACAAUGUCUGCAACAACGAAGCAGACGACGAAUGUCGUCUGUGCAUCAAAGGGACAUCACUCCAAAAGAAAUGAUAAAGAUCCUACACUUUAUAUAUACGUAGACUAUAUUAAGCUGCUAUUGCACAUGGUACAAAGACCAUAAACUGACCUUGUCUGAUGUACUUCUGGGCCAGGCCCUACUGUCAGCAUAUGAUGUGAGCGUGUCUCGUUUGACAGAAAGUAUGGUGGUUCGAGUUGCAGUAAUUGGCUGUGGAGCAGCGGGACUGUGCGUCCUUCGACAUCUUGCCAGCCAACCCUCGGUAUUCAGUGUCACCGGCUUUGAACAGUGCAGUGAACUAGGAGGCACAUGGGUAUACACAGACUCGAUAGGAACUGACCAAAAUGGUCUUCCUAUUCACUCCAGCAUGUACAAAAACCUUCGAACUAACCUGCCAAAAGAAGUGAUGGCCUUUCCUGACUUUGAAUUUGAUAAAGACCUUCCCUCUUUUAUCCUCCACACCGACGUUUUGCGGUACCUAAAAGACUACGCUGCUCACUUUGAAUUGCUGAAGUAUAUUAAGUUUCAGACACUGGUUUUGGAAGUUGAUCCAGCUGAAUAUCAAGUGUCUACCUCCAGUGCAAAACUUGGACACAAAUGGAAAGUGACUUUUGCCCCUGUGACCGACAGAAGUAAUCUAGUUACAGAGGAAUAUGAUGCAGUAGUUGUAUGCAAUGGUCACUAUGCUGUGCCAAAAAUUCCUGAUAUUCCUGGUCUAGGAGCUUUUGAAGGAGAGGUAAUGCAUAGUCAUAACUACCGCACUCCAAAACUCUUCCAGGACAAAACAGUAUUGUGCCUUGGAGCAGGACCAUCAGGACAAGAUAUAUGUGUUGAACUGGCAUCAACUGCUAGAAUGGUCUACCUGUGUCAUAACAAGCCUCUGCUAGAGACUCCUCUACCAGACAAUGUACAGCAGAAACCUGGCAUUGAUUUCAUCAAAGGAUUUAAAGUGACUCUGCUCAAUGGAGAAGAACAUCAUGUGGACUUCAUUCUUUUUUGUACAGGCUACUACUUCAACUUUCCCUUUCUCACCGAUAAGUGCCAUGUCAACAUAAGUGAUGGAUGUAUAAUGCCACUAUACAAGCACCUUAUCCAUACCGAGUUUCCAUCUUUGUUCUUUAUUGGCAUCUGCAAGACAGUUGUUCCUUUCCCAUUAUUCCAUUUUCAGGUCAAACUGGUGCAGGCUGUGUUGGAAGGGGCUGUCAAGUUGCCAUCCAAGGAAGAAAUGGAUGCAGAUACAGAGGCAGAGUAUCAGAAAAGAAGAUCUGAGGGUCUUCCUCAUAGGCAUUUCCAUGUCUUAGCAAGUCAGCAGUGGGAAUACAAUGAUGAAAUGGCUCUCAUGGCUGGGUGUUCAAAGCUUCCUGACUGGGUUAGAAAUCUGGAUGGUGCAGUGCGGAUCAUGCGCAGAAAGAACAUUACACAGUACAAAAAUGUAAACUUUGUACUACUGGAUGGUGAAAGUUUUGCUAUAGCAAGUUAAAGGAAUAGGCAAGUCAGGUCAUAAGUUAGGCUUAAAAAAUAGAUACUGACAUUUUGAAUAAGCUUUGUUCAAGCUUUUUGAUUGCAAAAUGGUAGUUUACUGAAAACCUCAUCUUAAACACAGCUCUGAGUUUUUUCUUAAAGCUGUUAAUCGGCAAAAGGGCAUGGGCAUCAUAACAGCACAUAAUUUAAACUUUGUGCAGUCUGUAAAAGCAGUCUUGUCUUGGUUAAUUAGCAUUCUGGCAUACAACUAACUUUGAGAAAACAGGGGCAUGAGCUUUGGUUGCAAGAAUAUAUACCAAUUCUACUUUCAGUAACAUGAGAUUUAACAUGUGCAUGAGAAAGUGUUUUUACAGCAUAUAAUAGCAUUCUUCUAUUGUUGACACAGAAUUUGUUGGCGCAACCAUGUUUUUCUUUGUUAUGGUGAACCCACAUCUGCUGCAUUGGCACUCAAUGUUACUUAAUCCAUUUAUCUCCUAUCUGUGCAGCAUAAUCCAGCUCUUCACCACUGUACUCUAAUUUGAACUUGUACAGCCUAAUACCCAGAUCCAUGCUGCCAGCAUUUUGACACAUUUCACAACAGAACAUGGCAUCCUUUAAGAACCAGACUAUUUGAGAGCUGAGUUCUAGACCAGAUUGUCUGUAAAUGAUUCUUUUGUAACCCAACAUUUUGAGAGGAAAUAAUUCAGAAUUUCAGUAUCUGUUAUUUAGGACCAACUUGGUUAUUAGCUGUUUCAUCAAGUCUGUGAUCAUGAAUGGCUAUCUCUGGACUGCUGGGAGAGGAAUUUUCCACAUUUUUAUAGCAUAAAGCCAAUUCUCCAAUAGUUAUCACCACUUCUAGUUUAAGUAUCAACAUGAAGAAAAAGGGAAAAUAGAAUGCUGUGACUUGACAGCCUACAACUUUGUGAAAGGCUGAGAGUUGGUCUUGGCAGACUGCCAGCAGCCCAGAGAUUUUCGGAUAAACCCAUCUGCUUUAUAUUGCUAUUCGUCCCCAUCUGUAUAUCUAAAGCAUUAUACAAGAUUUUUUUUUACAAGAUCUUGUUUAAAAGAUCAACAUGCAAUUUUUCCAAAUAUUAUUGAGAAUUCAAGCUUCAUAUACCAGACAUAACUAAACUACAAUACUGUUCUGCAAAUUGUGUUUUUAAAUUUGGGGAACAACAGCUCAGGAAUUUAUUUUCUUGGCAAAAUGUUACUGAUGUUAGGGAGAUUUUCUAUUUGUUCAUACUACAAGAUUUUAUUCUGAUUAAAGACCAACCUGAAUGGCUUGCGUUUUUUUUCUUUUUUUUUUUUGGUUUUUUGUUUUGCAGAUAUCUGUAGAUAGAGGCGAUAUAACUGUAAGCAAAGUGCGCGACAGAUUAUUCGGAUGUUGACAGUCUGCAUUUCUCGUGCUUAAGUAGCAGUUUUUCAGAACCACGAGAAAUGCAGACUGUCAACGUUUGAAUUAGUGUUGACUGCUGGCACCCUUGUGAAUGGUGUACCAACGUGACGUAGUUACCAGCUGCUCGUGGAUCGCAGGUGCGAAUGGCAGCGGAUAUUCUGGACGGACGGCCGGGUUUUGGAGGCUGAAAUUUACAUGUUAGCUUUAUAUCGUCUCUAUCUACUGAUACCCGAAAAAAGCGCAAACCGUUCAGGUUGGUCUUUAAGAAUUGCAGAAUAUGUAAUCGGCUAACAAGAACUGCUUGCAAAAGAUUUCCUAUAGAUGUCUGUCUGGUUCAUUUUGCAGAUAAAGUUAUUAUUUUGAGACAAAAAGUGUGAUUAAAAGAUAAAUCUUGA